UAUUUUUAGAGUUGCGAGUCGGUGCCCGCUAGCAGCGACGACAGUAGUCAGACAGAGUCGUCGUUGACCCUUGGGGAAAUCGAAGCGAAUUUCACGAAUUUUCCAUUGACCACCGGGGAAAUAAUCUAAAAAUUGAUACACUUGUCGCGCUAUAAGUGAAAACUUUAAAUAAUGGGAGUAUCCAGCAGCAGUAGUGGUCCGCCGGCUUUGAUCUCUGCGAGCGAACGUGGGGCAGAGGUACCUUUGUACCCGGGAGAUUGCCCCUCGAACGACGGCAGACAAAGAACAUAUGUCGGAACGAGUACGUACAAGAGGGAGGAUCAGCCACAAUCGCAAGGUCCGAGCUCCUACGCGACCUUGAAGACUGGUGAAUUUUGGGAUCAGAGGCCAACGGCACCCAGCCUGUCGAGCAUGCUACCUGCUAAACAUGAGACUCUGUUAACGUGCGCCACGCAAAUGACAGGUUGGCAGUCUGCCGAUAGUCACGAUCCCCUAAUGUGUCAACAAAAUAAUGAAAUCGUCGAGCUUUCGCGAAUCAUCUCGCAGCUGGCCAUGGCCAAUCAUCAAUUAGCCAGUGCGCAUACUGCAACGCUAGCGCGUAUGGAAUCGUUAUAUUUGGAGUUGUCGAAGGACAGAGAGGAUCGGAAGCGGAAGAUUACGACAGAGAAUCCGGAAAGGUGCGAGGACGUUUCUCGGAAAAGACUGCAGGCUGAAGACGUUCAAAAGGAGGAGAUGCGAAGACUGGAGCAGCGUGUCGUUAAAUUAGAAAAACUGCUGGCGACGUAUUCUCCUGGACAGUGCGAACAACGAGUUUGCUCGCAGGGGGACAGCAAAUUGCGCUCCAGAACGGAAACGUCGGAGAAUUCUUUCAAGACACGAGAUUCCUGUUCGAGAUCGGCGGAAUCGCGUUGCGAAUCGACGGAACAAACGAGUCACGUCGUGAUUGACGCUAUUAGUGAAGUACCUGAUGAUUGUGGCACGACCAGGAAGGAGACGGAUGUUCAAAUAUGCUGUAGUACUUAUUCCGAUGAUUCCGAGACGAAUAUUCCUAGAUUAGACGAGAACUCAUGUUCCAUGAAUGUAGAUUUAGAUAAAGUGCUCAGAAAACGCGCAAGAUUGAGAGACGACGAACAAGAUCCGAUGAGAAAUCCAGCGAACGAAGAAUUGUUUAAAUUGUCGGAGGAAGUUGAGAGAUUGAAAGCGGAUCGACUGGAAUUUCAAAGUGCGAACGAAAGACUGCUGCGUAGUCUGACGGAUCAGAGAAAUUUGGUGGAAAAAUUAGGCACAGAUAAUGAGGAACUGAGAACGCGAUAUGCAACAGUAGAAGCUAAUUUGUACGAACGCAAGCAACAUCACGACGAACUGACGAAACACUUGGAUUGCGCUAAGAAAGAAGUCGAAAGAUUGCUGAAAGAGAUCGAUAACUUUCAGUCAGAAAAAGGCACUGCCGAUGCGAGAAUUGCAACGCUGGAACAAAAGCUGCAAAAAUCGUUGCUCGAGACUGAGCGGAUCAAGAAUGCGGAAAACCAAAAGAUAUCAGAAUUGCAGGCACAAUUGUCCGAAGAAGUCAAUGACAAGAUAAAGCAGAUUAAAGCUCUUGAAGACGCUUCGCAGGAGAUUCAAAGACUGAAGGAGACUAUGAAGACUGAAAGAAGGAACGAAGAUGAUGUUGUUUCGGGAGAAGAUAUUGAUUUGAUCGGCUUAUCGGAAGAUACAUCGAAUCCAAAUUGUGCCGCUUCCAGUAUGGACGAAUUUAGAAAGGAACUAACCGUCAAGAGAGAAGCUAGACACAGGGCUAUCGCGGCGGUCUCGUCCGAGAUGGAAAGACUUAGAAGAGAAUUGGACGCUGAGAAGGAAGCUCAUUCCGAAACGUCGAGCAUGCUGGCUCAGUUACGUUCCGUUCAUAGCAAUCCGCAAGAUUCCGAUCUUGAGAAUGACGGCUUUGCUAGGAUGAAAGAACAAGAGAAACACAAGCACGCGGAUGAAAGCGAGAAAGCGAUGAAACGCGCAGAGGCGCAACGAUUGACGCGCACCCUAAAGGUAUCCGAUGAGUUAAGGAAUGGCGUGCGAUACCAAAUUGAGAAGGUGGACGACCUUCGUUACCACCUGGAGACCAAUUCAGACCGUCAUCGACAACGCAUUCGCUGUUUGGCGGAAGCGGCCAGCAAGGCACGCGUGUCUCUCACUGCACGAGAACGUCAGACUAAUGAGUUAAAGAAUUAUCUGGCUCAACUACUGGCCAGAUUGGGCGACAGGAGUUUCCUGGAAAUCCAAGAUGACGUGGGAGUCGAAUGCGACCGACAGUUGGAGAAUAUAAACGCGCUGAGGAGCCUCUACAACGAGAGGCUGAGGAUCUUGACCGAUUUGAAAGAUUCCGCGACCAAGGAGCUGAUAGAUGUGAAACAGAAACUGGAAUACACUCUAAAGAAAUCGGAGAACUUGGAAGAGGAGCUUAAAAAAGCUGAAGACAAGGUCGACACUCAAGACUCGGAAAUAACAAACUUGGAGUCGCAAUUGGGAUUAACCAAGGCGGAUUGCAGAGAUCUACAGAAUCAGAUAUCUCUCAUUAAUGGAUUAUUCACACAGAUGCUGCUCGGAGCUUCCUCUGCGGACAUGGAUCUUGAUCGGUUGACUCAGUUGCUACAGGAAAAUCACGAUCUUAUAAGUGACAUAGCGAGGGAAGAAAGUACCGAAGCAGCGGCUCUUCCUAAACUUCUUUUGGAUUUGAUUGAGCAAGUCGAGGGCGGUAAAGCAUCCCAGAAACACACGAAUGAAGAGAAUAAUGCAGAAAAUGUUGGCGAAGUCGACAGGAAGGAAGAUGAUCUCCAAGAAGAAGAUAUCGCUCAUAAUUUACCGAAGGUGUGGCGCGUUUUAUUCGAACUACUUAGUUGCCACGCGGUGACUUCUCCGACCGUUUCCGUCGCAUCCUGUUCGGAUCCGAACAGCUGUUACAAGUCUGUGGACACUCCGGCCGGCCCAAGAUUGGUAAUAUCCGUUAGCAAGACUUAUAUUCGUUUGAAGGAAUUAAUUCUGGAAAAGAAGCAUUUGGAGAAGGAGAUGAAUCGCAUGAAACAGUUGAACACUCAUUUGGAAAGUAAAUUGGGCGAACAGGAGAAGAGACUCUCUAUGGUGUCGGUGGAGUUGGCCAAAACAUGGACUAUCGUCGACCGGAUGCAGGUGCAGCAUCAGCAGUUGCACACACAUGAGGAGAUAUUAAGAUACGAGCUGCAAGAGAAGAGAAAAAUGUUACAGGAGUUGAAGCAGGAAUUGGAAUACUGCAGAGAAAAAUGGGAAUCGGCUAGACAAAAAAACACGAACACCGAACGCGAGUGGAGAAACUUGCGUCGCGAGUUUGCUGCACGGAAAGCUUUAGCUGCCCACGAUUCUUUUAAUAGCGCUGAAAGCGGUUUCAGUGACGAGAGAGGUGACGAUAGUGACGAAGAAGAAGCGCUUGAGGGACGAAUCAGACAUGGUCCACGCCGACGGACACGAAAGGAGAAUCCUAGAGCGCCGACACCGGACACGGAAUCCGAACAACCGACAGAUACUGAGCUAUCGGAGUCGAAGACUGGUUCCUCGGCGACUUUAGAACAACGCACACCAACUCCGGAGACGGAAGCGGAAUUGGACGAGGCAGAAAUCGCACAUAUUGAUUCCGAACUUAUUAACGUGACGGAAGUUGAUGGUAUUAUGGAAGGUACGCAAGAAAUUUUAGAUCCUUUGGACCAAGCUCUCACCAACGUUAUACAAAAUCUUAUAAAAAUUGACGAUGGAGAAUUAGACCAGAAUAUUUCAGCCUCACGAGAAAGUAUGACGACACCCUUCAAAGAUUCGUGUGACAAUCUUAUCCCUGAAAUCAGCGGCCAUACGGAAACCGAUCAAACUACUACUUCUAGAACGGAUUUCUGCGAAAAUCCGCAAUCUUGCACUCUGGCCAUUGAACCUGAGUGUAUGUCGCCCAUUGUGAAGACACUGAAACGAACAGCGACGAGUAUUGACCUAUCUUCGGUAGUAGAUAAUGGCGAAUUGCCUGAAUCAACCGUGAUCAAAAACUUGUCAAAGCGGCAGGACGACGACAACGGUGAGAAAGUAAACUCCGAAAAUAUUCCAUUAUCGUCCGUUUCUUAUACACCUAUCGUUACUGUUGCAAACACAAGUAGCACAAUGUCUGUCUUUUCCAUUGGACCUCUUCCUGCAUCUACAAAAAAUGUGCAGUUCAGCAAUCCCUUGAUCAUGGGUCCAUCUAAUCGUUUUCUUGCUCCAGUAUUUGGCACGGCCGCGACAGAAUCGGAAAGUUUUACGGAUAACUGUAUUACCUCCUCGCCAAACGUUUGGUCCUCUUCGACGACAGUGUCAUCAAGUCAAGACGAGGAGCUGAUAGAAGACAAGGAUCAACGAUCUUCCAAACCAAUAGACAACGUUGCAGAUUCCGACAAUAUCUCCGUAGAUUCCUCUUCGAGUUUAGAUACGGUCCGAGAAUUUCCUACAGCCGACGUUAGUCCCGUACCUUCGUCUAUAUCGGCGUCUAGAAACGAGCUGCGGGAAAGCGCGACAAGCUCGCAGAGCGAAUCCACUAAAUGCCAAACUCCUGAGGAAGUUUUGGCGACGCGAGCCGAUCGAUUAAAACGUUUGGAGGAACAGGCCGAUUGGCUCAUGAAAAAAAUGAACGCUACGAGCAAACGCGGCACCGCUCUUUGCAUAAGAUUAGAGGAGCUUCAUGAGACUUAUGGUGAACCACCAGUUCCUCCGCCCAUGCCAGAUGUUUUACCCAACCGUAGGCUGCCAUCCACCCUACCCAAUCUACCUCGUCAGGUACCUGAACCGUCAUCCGUUGAAGGUACCAAGAAUACGGAAAGCGAGAGUUCGAGAACAGACAAAAAUGACACGUCGAAUGCUACUAUGCCAUGAAGUAUCUAUAAGUUUUUACUUGCAAAGAAAAAUUAGUUAAUAUUUAUCUUCAUUAUCCUUCAAACAUAGAUGCAAUAUCCUCCUUGCAUACAAAGACACAUUGCAAAACAAUAUAUUUUAUUUGUGAUGUUGUUCCGAAUGUAAUUAACGUUCGUUAUCGUAAUAUUAAUACAGCUAAUUGAAUAAUGAACUUAAUUAAUCUGUGAUCCCAUAUUGAUCUUCUCUCUCAACACGUAUCUUCAAAUUUUUAUAAAAUUUCAAAUUUCCCUAUAUUUUAAUUUUAUAUAAUAUAUUUAAAUACCAUAUAGUUUCCUUCUUGUUGUUUCCUAUAAACAUUGACGUAAUUUUUUUGUUAUAUUCUAUUUGCAUCUCGUAUACAUAAUUAAUAGCAAGAAAGUGUCUCAUAUAACAUGAACAAUAAUUUAUACAAGAUGACUUAUUGUAAUUGAUCUUUUAAAAUAAAGGGAAAGAAAUGAAAUA